AUGGCCUGGGUCGUUGCGCUCCUCGUUGGCAUCGUGGGCGUGGGACUGGCAUGCGCUGCUACGCUGGGCGCCUUCGCGCUCGCUUGGGAUGUUUCAGGGACCAAAUACAAAAAGCAGCUGCACGGCAUCAGGGCCAGGUACGAAGCAGCACUGCUGGCAGCGGCUGGCGGCGGCGGUGGAGCCGCUGGCACCGGCGGCGGCGCCGCCGUUGCUGCUGCUCUGUACGAAUCCUUCACAAUGGGUUGGUUUAAUGUGCUGGUCCAGCAUUUGUGGUUACCGGUGUUGGAAAAGUUUAUUUCCACUCUCGCGGCGGAGAAACUGCAAGUGAUUCUCAAUGAGUUGCUUCGGAAGGGGAGCGGCAAGAGCCCCUGGAAGUACAUUCAGUCCAUUGCCGUGGAGGAGGUGACGUUUGGCUUGGCGCCGCCGCAAUUUCAGUUCUGUACGGCAAAGUACGACCCGAAUCGGUCGUACCUGCUUCUGACCAUGAACAUGCAUUUUCAUAGCAAUGGCUUUCAGGCGGUCCUCACCCCCCGGGUGCAGCUAGGUGGCGGUAUGAAGCCGUUGUCCGUACGACUGGAGAUCACUCAGUUACGGUUGGCGGGAAAGUUGCAUCUUGGACUGCACCUGACUAGGGAGUCCCCGGGCAUACGGGGUGUGGAUUAUUCGUUUGCGGAGCCCCCCGAGUUCGAUAUUCAGGCUAAUCCCCUCGGCUCUUUCAAUUUGAGCGGUGAGCUACCGGGCCUUAUUAACGGUUUGAGGUCUCUGCUGCAGCGGGUUAUCAACAAGAAGAUGGUGGAGCCGGAGCGGAAGUACCUGGACCUUCAGAAAAUAUAUCGAAAUAAGUACUUGCAGAAGGUGGGGGGUCCGGGGGGCUGCCUCCGCGUGUGCGUCCUGGGGGCCCGCAACCUCACGCAACCGCCGCCGCCAACAACAUUGAACACCAUCAGCAACAGUAACAGCAACAGCAAUCUCAAUAUCAGCAACAGCAAUCUCGCCUCUGGCCGGAGCUCCGCCGGCCCAAUGCUGCCGCCGGGUGGCGGCGGCGGCGGCGGCGGCGCCUCAGUUCCCGUGACGGACUGCGACCCGUACGUCGAGAUGCGCUUCGGAAGGGAAGUUUUCCGUACACCCAUCGUACACCGUACGGCAGAUCCCGUGUUCAACUGGCAGUUUGACAUUCGACUGCCCGCGGAUGUCGUGGCGGGGGGAGCUGGCAAAGGCGCGCAGCCGUCGGCGUUGCUGCACUUCCGGGUUUUCAACGCUCGUACAUUUGGCGAGCCUGAGGUUUUGAGUCAUGCAGUAUUGGAUUUUGGAUCCAUGGGACUGGAGGUCAAUGGUGAGAUCUCCUGGGUGAAGGCGCUGCCGAAGAGGCCCAGCCCAUUCUCGCAUGAUGCAGCCCGUACGGCAGGGCCAGCCGCAGCGACCACAUCCGCCACCGCCGGCCCAAUGAUGCCAGCUCCUGUGCAACCAUCGCCACACAUUGCCGUACCAUCUUCGCACAGCUAUAAUGUUGUAGGGUCGUACCAGAGCGCGACGUCAGUGGGGCCCGACGGCGGCGGCGGUGCUACAGCCGGUGUACGGCGGUACGAGCACAUGGCCGCUGCGGCCAACAGCCCCGCGGCGGCAGCACUCGGGCAACUCGCCGCUAGAAUGCAGGACAUUACGGGAUCGGCACCCAUGUACGGCAACGGCAGCGGUGAAGCCGCUGGCGACAACCUUUUCGGCGUGUCUCGCCCUGGCGCCGCCGCUGGAGUAUCUAGGAACUUUGAGUCGGGUUCCGUACAUCACGGGUCGUACGCUUUCUUGGACGAAGCCGUACCCAUUGACAGAGCGUACAGCCGUACGGCCCCGGAUACUAGCGCCGCCGUACGGAGCACGCUACAGCAGCAGGGUCGCAGCUUGGAGUCGGGAUCAUGGCAGUGUGAUCUGACGGCGGCGGCGGCAGAUACGGCAACGGCGGCCGUGAUCAGCGGCGUCAGCGGCGUCAGCGGUAUCGCACAAACCAUCCGCGUGACUGCUGACGGCAGCAGCGUCGGCGACGCCGCGUCCGCUGCCGUAUCCAGUACCGGCGCGACGCCGCGGCGUUCCCUAGAUGCAAACGACGCGGAAGGCUUCAGCGGUUCAGCGGCGGUGGCAGCGGCUGCGACAUCAAUCAACUCGCCGUGGCUGACGGCGGCGCCGAUGGCCCUUAGAAAGCUCAGGAAGGCCGGUUGCCGCGGCAGCGGCCGCGGCCGCGGCGGCUGCAGAAGCUCUAGCAGUCCCCACGCUGGCACGAAGGCGGAUGGCUGCCCCAGCAGUAACGGCUGUAGCGCCGCCGCCUGCGCCGACGGCGGGCCCGUCGGGGCCCCCGGGGGAACACCAGGUGGGCCCUAUGUCAGGUCCUGGCCCGGUGGGUACCUCGGAGGUGAGGAGCGAAUACACACACCCUGGUGGGGUCGGCAAAAGGUAGUGGAUCUGUGUACGGCACAGGAGCAUGAGCUCGCCAGGCGAAAUGUCAUCGGAGCACUAGAUCCAGAUUCAGAUGUGGAUCUAGAUCCAUCGGUGGAUCCAUCGGCGGUGGCGGAGUCGGGCGCAGCAUCUGCCUCCGCCGCCGCCACCCCUGCCGUGAACGCCACCACCGCUGGCGGGACCGCCGCGGAGGUUCGUACCUUCGGUUUGUCCUAUGCCGCGGACGCGUCGCUCGCGGAGGCGACAGCCGUCAGUACGACCGACGCUGACGGAGGCGGCAGCGGCGCCGCCGCCGCUGCCGCCAGGGCCAGCCGCUUGCCGCCGGAAGGGACUGAAGACGCAACUCCGCCGAACUGCAAACUGAGGCCUUUCAUCUCGCCGUCACCAUCACCGUUCAAUGUGGAUGGCUCGGCCCGCGACGGCGACGGCGACGGCAGUACCUCCCCCGCUACACCCCCACAGCAGCCGUUACCGCUACGUUCCAGCAUUUCACUAUCCCCCCCGCCGGAUUCCGAUCAGCCGCUGCCGCCGGCGCGGCAAUCAACAUCGCUGGCAAAUCAUACCGCCAGUACGGCAAGUGCACCGGCGACGGCGACCGAGCUGUCAGCUCCCGCCUCCACAUCGGCAUCGACUUCCGUACUCGCCAGCGAAAUGCAAGAGCAAGAAGAGCAGCAACAGCAGAGGAACACCGGCAGCGCAUUUUCCGCCGCCACCGCCGCCGCGGCUGCAGCCGCCGCCGCCUUCGGCAGCGGUAUGUUGAUGGACGAGUUGAUGCCGUACCCGCCAGGGUCACCGCCUGUCUUACAGGGCUCGUACAGCGGCGGUGAUAGCGGUAUCUUGGGUCCGCGUCUCCAGCACGAGCUGUCCGUCAUCUCGGCCGUAUCCGCUUCUGCCAGCGGCGGCGGCGGCGGCGGCGGUGGCGGUGGCGGCGGCCCGGCGGCAGUUCCAUCUGGCUUCGGCUCCACGUGGGGCCUCCCAUCCGGUCCGCCAGCUUCUUUUUCAUCUUCGCUUAAGUCCCUCGCCCAGGUUGUACGGAUGCAGAGGCUGCUCCAGGUGGAGCGGCAAAUCUGUGCUCGGCUACACGAGAGGUUGUCAGAGGUGACCCGCAACUACGAUGCGAUGGUACGGCUCAGGCGAUUUGAGAACCACCGCGCCCUCGUGGAGGGGGCUCGCUUCCAGCUGCACCUGGCAAGGGAUGUACAGCGCGUGGUGGUGUGGUACAAUGAACAACGUGGUGUCGUACAGGUGGACCCGGAUUUGGGUUCCGCCGGGGAACGGGCGCAGGAGCGGGCUGCGGCGGCCACCGAGUUGUGGUCUCGGAGCUUCUCACCUCAGGAGCUGGAGCGAGCUGACAGGGGCUCGUCCGGUUUCCCCAGUGCCCAGGAGCGGCCCUGGGCGGGCGUGUUGGCCGCUUUCAUGGGCCGGUCCCGGUUCCCCCCCCCGGCCGCCCUCAACCCCCUCCGCUGCUUCUCUCUGCACCUGGAGAGAGGCCGCUGUCUGCACCUGCAGCUGCCACCGUCGGGUAACGGCCGCAGCAGGGACGAGUGGGUGGAUGCAUUACAGCUCCGUGCCCACGUCGGAUAA